AUGGCACCACACGCAGAAGACGGCGUCGGUCACGCGAAUGGGUUCGAUGUGAAGGCGGCUCCCAAGGAUCUCUUUGUUGUCAGCUCUCCUAACGUAGAGUAUACCGAGGAUACCAUCAAGUCAAAGUACACUUACCGUACCACCGACGUUACUAAGAACGCCGACGGCAAGUAUGUUGCUGUUCCCAAGGAGACUCUCUACGACUUCAAGGUCGACCGCAAGAUCCCCAAGACCGGUGUUAUGCUGGUUGGCUGGGGCGGCAACAACGGCACUACGGUCACCGCCGGUAUCAUCGCGAACAAGCGAAACCUCGUUUGGGAGACCAAGGAGGGUAAGCGAGGCGCUAACUACUAUGGUUCGGUCAUCAUGGGAUCUACCACCAAGCUCGGCGUCGACAGCAAGACCGGUCAGGAGAUCCACAUUCCAUUCCAUGACCUCCUGCCUAUGGUCCACCCCAACGACCUUGUCGUUGGUGGAUGGGACAUUAGCGGGAUGAACCUUGCUGAAGCGAUGGACCGCGCUAAGGUCCUGUCGCCGUCUCUGAAGUCUCUUGUACGUAAGGAGAUGGGCGCAAUGAAGCCUCUGCCUAGCAUCUACUACCCAGACUUCAUUGCUGCCAAUCAGGAGGAGCGUGCCGACAAUGUCCUUGAGGGUACCAAGGCUUCCAUGGCCCAUGUUGAGCAGAUCCGCAAGGACAUUCGUGACUUCAAGACUGCCAACAAUCUCGACAAGGUCAUUGUGCAAUGGACUGCUAACACUGAGCGCUACGCCGACAUCAUUGAGGGCGUCAACGACACGGCGGACAACCUGCUAAAAGCCAUUGAAUCUGGCCACGAGGAGGUUUCUCCAUCCACUGUCUUUGCCGUUGCCUCGAUUCUUGAGGGCGUCCCCUUCAUCAACGGCUCUCCCCAGAAUACGUUCGUUCCUGGCGCUAUCCAGCUCGCUGAGAAGCACAAUGCCUUCAUUGGUGGCGACGACUUCAAGUCUGGUCAGACCAAGAUGAAGUCUGCUCUAGUCGACUUCAUGAUCAGCGCCGGUAUCAAGCUCACCUCCAUUGCUUCAUACAACCACCUAGGCAACAAUGACGGCAUGAACCUCAGCUCUCAGAAGCAAUUCCGUUCCAAGGAGAUUUCCAAGUCCAACGUCGUCGACGAUAUGGUCGCUGCGAACAACGUCUUGUACAAGGACGGUGAGCACCCUGACCAUUGCGUGGUCAUCAAGUACAUGCCCGCUGUUGGAGACGACAAGCGUGCUCUUGACGAGUACUACGCCGAGAUCUUCCUUGACGGCCACCAAACCAUCAGCUUGUUCAACGUCUGCGAGGACUCUCUCCUAGCUUCGCCUCUGAUCAUCGAUCUGGUUCUCGUCGCUGAGAUGAUGACUCGUGUCCAGUGGAAGGCUCACAGCGCAGAAGGCAGUGAUGCGAAGUUCAAUAACUUUCACAGCGUCCUCAGUGUCCUCAGUUACAUGCUCAAAGCUCCUCUCACCCCUCCUGGCACACCUGUUGUCAACGCUCUUGCUAAGCAGCGCGCGGCUCUCACCAACAUCUUCCGCGCCUGCGUCGGUCUCGAGCCGGAGAACGACAUGACCUUGGAGCACAAGCUCUUCUAG